AUGGAGCCGGACGAGCCUGGCAUCCGCUUCAAGGCCAAGAAGCGCACCAAGACGCUGCGCCAGCGGGACGCAUCCCCCGAGGCGCCACCCACGACGACGACAUACGACGCGCCGCCCACCGCCACGCUCCCCGACCACAACGACGACAACGGUGACGAGGUCGCGGAUGGCAACGAGGACGCGUCCGCGGUGCAGGCCGCCCUGAAGCUACGUCAAGCCCGCGGCAAGAGCCGUCGCCUCCGCGGCGGCGUCGCCUUCGGCCGCGACGAGCAGCCCGCCAGCGGCGCCCCCGCGGACGACACCAGCCUUGUGCUGCGCGACGCCGUCGCCGCGCAGGGCCUCCCAGACAGGUUCAUGCACCAGACGGGCUUCGUCGCCGACGCCGACGACAAACACUUGAUGGCCUAUGUAGAGUCGCGACUCUCCUCGCGCGCCGCCGGGGCCGACACCGCCGCCGCCGCCGCCCACACUGAGCUUGCGACCGGAAGUAGAAGCAAGGAGCCGCUCGACGGGCGGAGGCGCGAGCACGCCCCCGGCACGGUGCAGACGGGCACGUCCACGACCAGCUGGCCGAAACUCGUCGAGGUGCCCGUGCCCGUCGACCCCCGCGGCACCAAGCGCAAGACGGCCAGCGCCGAGGCCCAGACGACCACAACUCCGCAGCCGCCGCGACGACGGCGCAACCGCCGCGGCAGCGAUGACAUGAAGCGCGACGCCAUGGUCGAAGCCUUCCUGCACGAAAACAAACUCGACGUAUACGACGUCCCAACCACCACACCCGCCACCGCCACAGGUGGGGACGUGGACGACGCGCUCGCGGCCGACUUCCGCCGACAGUACAUGGACGAGGUCGCGGCGCGGCGACAGCGCCGCCGGCCGGCGGUCAACCAGCCGCGCAUGACGCAGCGGCAGCAGGCGCACCAGCAGGCGGUCGCGGCGGGCGAGGUGCUGCGCGGGCCGAAGCUGGGUGGUAGCAGGAACGCGCGCGCGGCGGUGCGCGACGCGCUUCUGCAGCAGCAGGAGCAGAAGAAGAGGGAGGGCAGGUGA